UUGGGCAGAACCAGAUGGAAAAGAGACCUUCUUUUAAAUAUCCCCGUAUGCCCCCGGAAGAGACUUCCAAUUACUUGAUUUCAAAUACAUUUUCUCCUUUUCUCCAAAUCUGCAAACUUAUCUUCCAAAAGUCAACACUCUUACCAUUCUAUCUAAACUCACCUCACCUACAUCAUAACCAUCACUAUGUCAUUCCUCACAUCCAUCCGUGCCUCCUCCCGCCAAGCUAUCCGGACCAACUUCGCCGUGCCAGCUUCCACAUUCCACUCCUCAGCAGCCCGGAGCUUGAAAGAGGAUGAUACGAGAGACCGCGAGGACCUAUCCAACCACUACGAAUCCCAUAAGCAACAAGGCAUCAAGGACACCAAGGAGGGCAAGGGGAAGUGGAAGUCCGAGCUGGCUAGUAACAGCGAGGCGGGGGUCAAAGCGGAUCGCGGCGAAUUAGAUGGUGAUGGCUCUUUCCAGGAGCUGCAGGAGAAGACGAAACAUGUUGGGAAGCAGAAUGGCAAUUAAGCAAUAAGCGAAAGAUGUCGGCAUUUUGUAACUUUUAGAUCACGGCCUUGGUUUAUUCCACAUGUGUAUUUUAUUGAGGCAGUCUGCGGGUGAGGCUGUUGGGAGUCUUUUAUGGUGGUUUAUUCGAGUUUAUGGCAUUCCUCAAUGACAAUUGAUACUACACA